AUGCUGUCCUAUUUCUGCUUUUUUUCCAAGCACACCGGCCCUGCACUGAUAUCUCUGCCCCGUGUGCUGCACAGAUGCACUGUCCCACAGUGUUUGGCCUCCAGGUAUCCUUCAGGUCCCCUACCAGCUUCCGGUCGACGUCUGCUGGCCUCGGUGGCCUCCUCCUCCCAGGACUCCACUGGACCUGCUAGGGUGCGGCAAAACUUUCACCCAGAUUCCGAGGCUGCCAUCAACCGCCAAAUCAACAAGGAACUUUAUGCGUCCUAUGUGUACCUGUCCAUGGCCUACUACUUCUCCAGAGAUGAUGUGGCCUUGUACAACUUCUCCAAGUAUUUCCUUCGCCAGUCCCUGGAGGAGAGGGAGCAUGCGGAAAAGCUAAUGAGGCUGCAGAACCAGCGUGGAGGCCGCAUCUGCCUCCAGGAUAUCAAGAAGCCAGACCAGGAUGACUGGGAGAGCGGACUGCGGGCCAUGGAAUGUGCUCUGCUCCUGGAAAAGAGUGUAAACCAGUCGCUGCUGGACUUGCAUACUCUGGCCUCAGAAAAAGGAGAUCCUCACUUGUGCGACUUUCUGGAAACCCACUAUCUGCAUGAGCAAGUGAAGUCUAUCAAAGAAUUAGGUGACCACGUGCACAACUUGGUCACCAUGGGGGCUCCUGCUGCUGGCCUAGCAGAGUAUCUUUUUGACAAGCAUACCCUUGGGAGUGAGAACAAACACUAA